GACCAACGGCAGAUUGAUUUCAGGGCUCCUGCGCUACCACGCAGCUCCACGCAGACCUGCUGGCCGCGGCGCAGCGGUGGCCAACAUCUCCACGCAGUCCUGCUGGUCAGGAGCAGUGGCAUCAGGAGCAGCGGCAUGGGCAGCAAUGAGACCCGCAAGGCAUUCCUGCGCGCCGCCUUCCGGCGCCGCGCCGCAUUCGUCGCGACAGCCGCCUUGCUCGCCUUCUUCUUCCUGCUCGACUUUAAACCAGCAGAAACGCAAACAAAAAUCGCCACCGCGACCUACGGCGCGUGCCCGGACAAGAUCGAAGUGACGCGCCGCGGCGCGACCAUCGCGGGCGCGCGGCCAAUACUGAAAGGCAAGGUCUGCGCACAAGCCGUCGACGCGGGCUUUUGCAUCGACGAGCCGAAGAAGCCGCUGCGCUGUCUGCCCUCGUUUAUUGUGGCCGGGGCCCAGAAAGCCGCGACCGGCUGGCUGCGGCAGCGCCUCGCCGCGCACCCUUCAUUGGCGCAGGGCGGUGGGAAAGAAGUUCAUUACUUCGACAAGCUCCAGAAUCUACAUGAGUGGCGCUCGACGUACCUCGAUAAUUUUGCGACGCCUUCUGCUUUGAUCACGUACGAGAAGACGCCGGACUACCUGCCGAACGCCACGGCCCUCAAAAGUAUAUACAGUUUGAUCCCGUCCGUGUCAUUAAUCUUCAUGCUGCGCGACCCGUCAUCUAGGGCCUAUUCGGCGUACCAGCACCACUGUAGGAAGGGAAGAUUUUACGAAGGUCCCAAGUUCGCCCUCGAGGAGGACGUGACGGGGCGGCCCCUCGCGGCGCCCUGCGCGCCCGAGGACUUCGAGGCCUUCCUACGAGUUGAUAAAGGCGUUGUGACGAACACCCAGACGCGCCUCGUGACGUGGGGCCUCUACGCGGAUCAAAUCAAGCAGGUGCGCGCGCUGGGCUUCGACGAUGCCCGUCUUUUAGUUAUCAUGUCCGAGACAGCGAUGAAGGAUCCAUCAAAACUGCUCGACGCCGUGGUCCAGUGGCUCGGGCUCGAGCGCUUCGACUUUAGUUCCCUGAGAACGUUCACGGACGCUUUAGGAAGGGACCAGCUGCGCGAGCCCGGAAUCACGGGCUGGGCCAAGGCGACGUACAUGCGACAUAACGCGAUGAUGGUGCGGCGCCACUCGCCGCGGCCUCUACUAACGUCGACGCGCGCGGCGUUGGAUGCGUUCUACGCGGCGCCCAAUGCUGAGCUGGAAACGCUGUUGCGGACCGCCGCGGACCGCGUGGCCGUGUACCCGGCGCGCGGGGCUGGCGCGGUCUUGCCGGCGUCUUGGAGUAGGAAUUCUUAG